GGAACGUGAACGGGAACGUGAUAGUGAACGUGAUGUUGAAGAGAAGCCUGCUACUUGGGAUCAUCGAGAGAGAGAUGCCAAGUCAACCAAGGAUCAACACACAUUGGAUGUUACUGAACGAGAAAGGUUCAGGUCCAGGGACUACAGACCAUACUCUGAAAAUGGCUCCAGAAAAAUGACGGGAAAUUACUUUGAUGCAGCGCCAGAAUACCAGAGAACGUAUAGGUGUAGUUCUCUAGAAUAUGAAAAAGGGCAGGACUAUGAGAGGAAGUGUGAUCAACCUGAAGCUCCUAAAGAGCAUAGAGAUGGUAAUCUUGUGAGAGAAAUGAGGGAAAAGGAGAGGGAUGUUAGGCUUCCCGAGGAAUCGAGAGAACUGGAUACUAAAUGUGAUGUUGUGGACAGACAUCCUUCUGGAGUUUCAGUUAUGGAAAAAAAUUCAGUUUGUCCACCCGUCAAACAAACUGAUGACUGGCACGACAACAAAGACUGGAAGAAAUCUCAAGAAGGGGAUAACAAAGAUUGGUGUGAGAAAGAACAAGAUGUUGCAGCCCGAAGAGCUGGCAGCUGUGAAUCUCGAUCUUCGAGGGACAGUGUUAGGGAAGAGAAGGAUCUUGUCAGAGCUUCGCAUGCUGGUGAUAAACAGUCCCGUGAUUUUACAUGGGUGGAUUCGACAGAAGUGCAGUCUGCUGAAUUGAAGAGUGAAAAGAAAUUGGAUAACCACAGGGAGGACCGGAGAGAAUCUGUACGUCAUGCACCUGGGCCAAUUACAAAAGAGAAGUUAGAAGCAUCAGAGCUUCGCAAUGACCAGAAAAGGGGCACACUGACACAGCUAAUGCGAUCUUUGUCCAAUCAAACCCCAGUACCUGCAGAAGAAAUAAAGCAAGAAAUGAAGGAGGGGCAGGCAAUAGAAUCAGAAAAAAACAAUGAGUCCAAAUCUGUGGAUACAGGAGGUCCAUGGCAGAAGAUUCAGCCAAAUAAUUUAGAACCUUCCUCAACAGAAGGUGAAACUGUAGUAUCAGUGCCAGAAAAGGCUCCAGAGCAGAGCAAAAUAUGGAAUGAGGCAUCGCCUACAGCCGAAAAUUCUCAAAUUUCUGCUUCAAAUAUUAUGAACGAGAGCCAUUCUGAAAACGAAAAACAUGAUACUGAUUCUGUGAAAAUUAAAGAAGCCCCAUUGGAUGAGAGUGUAACCAAGGCAAAAGAAAAUAAAUCAAUUGAAAGUGAUGCUUCCAGUAGGGAUGUGAAGCGAAUGGAGGAAAGCCCAUCCUCUUCUGAACUGAAGACUGAGAAGGAACAAAGAAACAGAAGCCACACACGUCAAGAGCAGCCUCGAGGUAGACACAGUGGCUACGCAGUGUAUCGUGGAGGUGGCUGGGGUCAACAGCGAGACUCGAGAGUGAAUCGUUGGGGUGGAUCAAAUAGGAACGUUCAUAAUUUACGUGAUGAGUGGACUGAAUCAGAAGAGAUUUCAGGAGAUGAAGUUUCUGCCUCAACAGAAUCUGGAAAAGAAGACGUAGGACGUGCCAUUGGUGCACCACCUAGAAGAGUGGAGAAAGAUAAUCGGCGUACUCCUCGGUCACCCAAACAGAACACAAAAAAGACAGAAAAAGAUGAACGCAACAGAGAUACGAGGAGACCCGAAGGGGAGAAAGUCACUCAAUCAUCUGAUUCUCGUAGAUUUGAGAAACGUACUUAUGAAAGUGCUAGAAGUGGUCGUGAAGGAUUUGCCCCACGUGGUGAACCCUCACGUAGGGGACGUGGUGGUUUCAGGUUUCGUGGAAGUUUGGGAAAACGUAUGGAUGGUUAUGGUCCUCCUUCAUCAAAAAGUCCCUUUGGACAACCUUCUGAAGAAACAAAAAUAGUUAUUCCUGAUACUGCGAAAGAAAACCAGAAAAAUAUGGAGCCUGUUGUAAAUGAAAUAAACAAAGACGAUCUCGGAGGUGAGAUCAUUAGCAAUGAAGACAAAAUAAAACAGAAGCAGCAAGUACUAUCUGCUGGAAUUAUAGGUAGUGGUGUGAGACAUCACCCAGGUGCUAACAAGAUGUCGGGGCACAUACCUCCUCGAAUGCAGCGGAAGUCGGAGAGUGAACGUAGAGACUCCAGCAGAAGCAAAGGAGGCAACGGCAGUCGAGGAGGGGGUCACGGGCAAGGUAGGACAUCUCAACGGGCAUUUGGAGGGCCUUCAAACCAGAAUACGCAUAAUUUUGAUGGUGGUGAUGAAUGUUGGGAAACCACUUCUGAAAACAGUGAAACAGAGGACCGAGAAAGAAAUGUGGGUACUCAUAAUGGGAAACAUACAUACCCUCAGUCACGUGAUUCACACAGCAUGAGCCGUAGGGCAAAGAACAAUAAAGGUGGUUCUGGAGGUGGAGGAAGUCAUUCUGCGAGAAUGCCUGUUUCAGAAAAACCUGUAGGCAAUGUUGGAAAUACAAGUGAUAAUAGUGGGGGAGGUAUGGCACAGAGGGGUGCUUCAUCCCAAGACAACCGUUCACAGAACCGUGGCAUCACUAACAACCCAGCAACAGUGGGUAAUAAGUAUGGAGCAAAAGAAUUACCAAAUUCAGUGAACAAAGUGGAUGAAAAUAAAGUUAAUAACAGUACAAUAGUUGCACAGGCAGUCAAUGAACCUAAUUCAGCUAAGAAAAAAGUAGAAAAAGACAAGACAAAUGCUUUGGAGAAAUAUGAUCUUAACAACUAUGCAAGUGUGGUGAUAGUUGAUGACCAGCCUGAAGUGACAGUCGAGGAUGGGAAUUUCGCUUUUGGUGCAGACAGCGGCUUUCAAGAAGUGCGAAGUAAGAAGAAUGUGAAGGAAGCGCGCCAGAAAGGAAAUUCUGAGGACACGAAGCCGGUUGGUCGCCCUCCCCGGGAAAAGGAGCCACGAAAAUCUAAGCCCGGGAGUACGCAACAAUCGAGCCAUCCUCCACCACAGCAGCUGCAGCCACAACCUCAGGCUCAGGCACAACAGACUCCACUACCGCAAGGGCUUCCAGCAACAACAGCAGCAUCACCAUCUUCCUCACCAGCAACACCACAGCAGGGGCAGCCUCCAGCUCAGCAACAAUCUCAGCAUCUUGUUACCCAGCCACAACGCCAGGGGUCACCUUCAGGAACGACAGCACAGUCUGUUCCACAACAGCAACAGCAAAUAACAGGCAAAACUGUCCUUCAACAAGAAAUUUCUCAACAGCAAGUACAACGGCAGCCCCAGUCCCAGCAGCAGCAACCAUCACCAACACCAACACCACCAACACAGCAGCAGCAGCAGCAGCAGCAGCAGCAACCCUCCCAGCAGCCAGCUGCCCAGCAGCAAAGGCAGCAGCAGCAGCAGCAGCAGCAGCAGCAGCAUCAGGCUACAGCAGUUGGGUUGCAAAACCAAGGAAGUGCAGGUUCUGGUCCACCAUCUACCAUAGCUGCGGUGCCUACUACUUCUUCCGCACCAACAGCUCCGGCAGCCAAGUUCCCUACAGAACGUCAGCGACAGAACAAACUUCCCCCUCGGUUUGUCAAACAGAGGAUGAAGAUGGCUGAGCAACAGAAUUCAGGUGCCCAUGUGGGAGCUCCAGACACAAGCAAGCAAAGCCGUCUCUUCCCAACAAAAGAUGUGAACAGUCCUGCACCUCCACCUCCGGUGAAUGCAUGGACAAAACCAAUUAAUGCAUCAUUGCGACCAAAUUCACCAGCUACAGGAACUGUUCCAAACUUACAACAGUUAGCAGUUGUAUUAGGGAGUCAGGUUGAUCACUGUGCUGUGGAAGUAAGUGAUCAGCAGCCACAAUCUGGAACCAGCAGCCAUCGUAGUACACCAAAUAGUGAAAGUGUCCAGGCAAAAACAGCUAGAGAGGCCACAGAUAAGACAGUAUUGGAUGGAACAUCACCUCCUGUUCAGACAAUAAUUUUUGAAAACACAAAUUACAAGACUGCCCCUCCUGAUUUGGCUGUAAAAUGUAAAUUUGCAAACAUGAAGACAUCCAGAGUGGAUAAAAGCAGAGAUCGAAAAAUUGGUGAUGAUGGGGAAGACAGUCCACUGGUCUUCAAUAAAGCAAGUGGUGCAAUACCAGACAUUGGCAAGAAUGGGGAAAAUAAAUCAGAAGCAAUCCAGAUGCCUCUGACUUUCAGCAAGAAUGAAGAUGUGGUUGACAUGAAACUGGACUUCACAUUUGCUGACUCAGACCUUUCACAGCUUACAGAAGAUAAGACUAACAAAGCAGUUGGUAUGCCACGAUCAAUGCACCUUUCUCAGCAGGUGCAGUCAACUAUUUCACCAUCUACUGCCGAGUUGAAUUUAAAAAUUCAGUCAGUAAAGAAGGUCUGGGAAAAUGUUCCUGUCAUGCCAGCAGUAAUUGAACACACAGAGGAUGGAAGUGUAGCAUCUACUGCUUCAUCUUUCACGCCAUCAUUUGGCAAUGCUGUUGAUUCUGCUUUAGAUCCAGCAACAUUUGUGAAGGGUGUUGAAGGAUGUAAUGUUGUUACUGCUGAUGAAAAUUCUCCAUUAAAUGCAAAUGAAGUUGUUUACAGUGCUGGAGCAGCAUUGCAAGGAAAUGCAAGUAACUACAGUGGGGGUGUUCCUGUAUCCACAGUACCAGCAUUGAAAAAUGAUGCACCUGCUACAAGUAGCAAUGUUUGUAAGCUGAUUACCCUGCAGGUGAAACCUCAACAGCAGCCUGUAAUGUCAGCUGGUCCAUCUCCAAUAGGCCACUCAGGCCCACUGUCACCGCCACCUUUCAAUUCGAAUACUCAGCAAGGGCACAUAAACUAUCAGCCAACCUUGGGAGGCACAGCUGCUCAGUAUGGGGGCAUCUCAGCUAUUCCAUCACCACCGACAGUACUGUACAAUUCUCCUGGUCAGGGAGGGUUAUAUGCACCAUUCCAGAUUGAUGGACCACAGGUCAUGGGUGGCCAGGCACGUUCACAGUUCUCUGGAUUUCCACCAUAUGGCUUAUCACAGGGAAUUGGUCAAACAUCGGCAUUUAAUCAACAGUCUCUCUAUCUGCAGACACCAGCGCACCCACCACCAAAUGCUGCACCAGAAAUUUAUCAGUCAUCAAUGUCUCCAUUCAGAUUGACUGCUCCUCAGGCACCAUUUGGCCAGUCCCAACAAUUAAGUAACAAUCCAAACACAGUUCUGAUUUCAUCAACAUCCAACUCUCUGAUGUCAGCUACUGUGAAACCAUCAUCACAGCAGAUUGGUCCUAUAGGUGCAAUUGGAACAAAGGGUGGUGGGCCUUAUCAGCAGAACACAAUCCCAUCAGGACCACAGCCAUCUCAGUUAUUCAUGUAUGAUCCAAAUCAAGUUAUGGGCCAGAAUUACCUUCCCAACUCUCAGAUGGUGCAACGUCCAGGACCAGUGCAAAGCAAUGUUGUACCACCCAUUCCACCUUCUUCCUCAUUUUACUCUGGCUCAGCAGGUGGCCAAACUGGAUUCUAUCAGCCAACAAAUUCGAAUCUGCCUCAACCAGCUUCUGCCCAGCAGAUUCAUCAGACAGGGUCUCCUUAUGGGUUACAGGGAUUCAGUAACCAGUCUGGGACACCAGCGCCUGUGGGCUUGCAAGGAUUUGGCUCUCAGUUUCUAUCAUCUCCAUUGCAGAUGGCUCAGCAGUACCGUAACACAGGAGUCCCAGGACAAGCAUUCAUAAAAUCUGGUGCACAACAUCAAACUGAGCAUAAUGCUGCUUCCAAUGGCAGAGUUCAGCCAAAAUCCCCAUCAGCAAAUCAACAAGAUGUGCUGUCAUCAGUUUCAGUAUUUUCUACUGUUCCGCAGAUAACAUCUCCCAAGUCACGCAACAUAAAGCAGCAGCAGCAGCAGCAGCCGCCGCCGCAGCAGCAGCAGCAGCAGCAGCAGCAACAGCAACAACAGGCUCCGCCACCACCCCCUUCAGCCCAACAUCAGCAUCAACCACAUCAACCACCUCAACAACCACCGCCACCACCACCACAACAACAACAGCAACCACAGCAGCCACCACCCCCACCCCCACCACAGCAACAGCAGCAAGCACAACACAGUCCUACACAACAGCAAGCACCACAUCUUAAAUUUGGUGCUUACCAAGGUGUUUCACAAGCUCCCGGCCAACUGCCCUUUCAGCAAGCUGCAAGAGCUCAGCUUAAUAUAGGAGUAAGAGCUGGUAUGCCGCCACCUGCAGCACCCAUAUACCCACCUCCCAUUCAGAGACCUGUGGCUUAUUCUCAAGGAGGUGGUGUAUCUGCCAAUAGUAUGAUGGGAGGUAGGCCCCGUCAGCAGCUAACUCAGCAGCUACCGCCGCCGCCACCACAACCGCCGCAACAAUUACAGCAUCCCCACCACCCACCACCACCACCACCACCACAGCAGCAACAACAGCACCAGCAUCCACAUACACACCAGCACCAGCAGCAUUCACAGCCACCACAAGAACCAAGGCAACAUCACCAACAGCAGCAGGAACAGCAGCAAAGGCAGGAUCAACAACGCCAAAAGCAACACGAGCAAAGGCAGCAACAGCAGCAGCAACAGCAGCAGCAGCAGCAUCAACAGCAGCAGCAGCAGCAGCAUCAACAGCAAGAACAGCAGCAGCAGCGUCAACAAGAGCAACGCCAGCAGGAGCAACAACGACCCCAGAUGCAAUCUGCUACCACACAGCAGCCUCAAGCACAUGGUGCCACUGCUAGAGGACAGAGUGCUGGCAAGCAGCCACCUAGUGCUACAGGACAGGCAUAUUACACAUCACAUGGUCUUGCAGUGGAAAACAGUGAUGGGAAAUCAAGUAGUGAUUCUGAGGGCAAAGUAUGUGAGAACAGUAACACAGGUGGUAGUGGUGGUAAUGGUAAACCUAAAUCCAGUGCUGGGCUGGGGCAUAGUCAGGGAGAUCAAAAACUGCCAGCUGAUGGACGAAAGGAAGAAAAGCCCUCAAGUACAUCUGACUGAACGUUUUGUGCAGUAAUUUCAUUCAGAGAUAUUUACUUGCAUAUCGUUCUUGUACAGAGUGCUCUUGGAAGUUUGAUAUGUUGCAGAGUUUAUCAGUUUUGGUGUAGCAGUUUUCAAGCUUUUUUCCUAAUAAGUCAUGGUUUUUUGGACAGAAAACAUUCAGUUGUAUUAAAAAAAGUAUUCAACUAUUACAAAGACACUGAAUUAUUAAACAGCAUGCUGGGACCAUUUAGAAUAAAUAAUAAUUCUGUUGUUAUUGUUAUUAUUGUGAUUAUUAUUAUAAUUAUUACCAUCAUUACUGAUGGUGUAAUUCUAACCAGCUUAUGCUGUGAUACAGGAAAUGCAGUAUUUUUGUCGUUUGUCACAAUCUACAUAGUAAGCACUGAGCCUGUGACCUUACAUUACCAUAAAAGCAAAAAAAAAAAAAAAAAAAAAAAAAAAAAAAAUUGCACUCUGACAGCUGCCCAGUUAAUCUGCAGUGAGGAAGUGGAUGGUGUAAAUAAAAUCUCUGAAAUAUCAGUAGUGCCGAUUUGUGUCAAGCACCAGUGUGGCAAAGCUUUUCAGUGAAAUGUAAACCAAGAGCAUUCCAAGUAUUUCAAGUGCAGAUGUUACAUGAGCAGGAAACAAAAAUACUGAUACAAAUUCAUCAUGGAAUUGGAAGUGGACUGCAUUACACAAAAUAUGUCAGUAAGGAACAUGAAGCCAUGACUUUAAGGUUGUGGAAUUACUUGUGCACAUUAAAUGUGGAAUAUUUACGGCUUUCACUCUGUAUUAUGUUUUACGUUACAUUAAUACAGUAGUACAUUAUGGAUGCAUUUUUCGUCUUCUUGCUUUGUAUUAAGUGUGAUGUGUGUGAAAGUUGGAGGAAGUGCUGUGCUUGAACUUAUAAAAUGCUUGUUGAAGGAAAUGUUUAGAGUAUUUUUCAUUAUGGAAGAUGUAAUAUUGUGUAUUUGAGCAAGAAUCGAGAAAUACUUACACAAGUGAUCCGGGUUCGUUUAUUGUGAAAAAAGAUUAUUUUACCAUAUUUAAUAAGAAUCAAUUAGUAAGAUAAACUUGUAUGAAACAAAGUAUUAUCGUGUUUGAGAUUUUUAAUUGUUGUUAGAUUGCUGAGCCAAAUAUUGAAAAAGUUUGGAAAUAAUGAAGUGUCAAGAGUAAAGUUCAGUAUAUCUUACGUGGUUUGCUAUCAUUAUGGUUGCCAAGUAAAAUACCGAGCUUAUGGCAUUAUAAAUUCAUAAUUGCAGAGAAAGAAGGCAGUGAAAACUAAUGAAAUGUGGGUGCUGUAAUGAUUUGAAAAUGGGAUAACAUUUCUAGGAAACUUACUGAAAAUGAAAACAGCAUAUUGGAAAUGAAGGAAUGGCCAGUGAGGUUUGUCUGCAGAGCUGUAUGCCACUCAGAUGUAAUUUUGAGCAAAGUACUAUUCAGCUGAGUUAAUGUGUAUGCAACUAGCUUGAGAGAAAAUCAAGAUAUUGACAAUUAAUGCAUAGAAUUAUAGAGAUGUUAAUCAUGUUGAGGAAAAAACAGUUAAGAUGCCUCCUUUACUUGUGAACUUUGGUUUUGGUGUGCUUCUUGCAUUAAGAUAACCAGGAAAAGAACUGAUAUUUUCAGGCAAAAUUGCAGGGAGUGUAUUGCUUUUUUCCUUUGUUAAAUAUGAGCAAUUAUUCUGUUAGAUUCUUAAGUAAAACUUGCUCAUGUGAGCAAUAUCAUGAUGAUGUGUAAAAGAUGAUGUACUGUACAUAAAAUGGCCACAUCAGAAAAAUUUUGCCACUUUGAGUAAGAUUCUUACUUUACAACUGUGUCUUUGGUGUUGGUAUGAACUGAAGUUUCUUUUUAGUUUUUUAUCAUUUUUGUAGUUACUGUGUGAUUAUACAUACGGCAGUGUUGAAAAUCUCUCUAGAGACUGAAGAAAUAAUGAACUUCAAUGCAGUCUUGAAUAAAAGUGUUGUUCAAGUGAUUUCAGUUAAUUAAAAGAUAUACGCAAGUUGAAGUGUUAAGUGAAACCCUGGAAUAAAUGAUGAUUUCCAUUCAAGAACUCUGACAAACUGUAGUGUUUGGAACUAUUCACAUAUUAGCUGUUUCAUAAGUUAGUAAGUUUUCAGAAGCAUCUACUUUAGACUUCCUCCAGGUCUGUGCUCUAGGUGUUUAAUAACCCUACAGUCCUAAUCUUGCCCUGCAGUGAAAGUGCUAAACUUAUGUUGUGUGGUUUGUGUGUAGCAGAUCUCUUGUGCUACAAAGGAACUGAAAUUAUCUAAGGUGCAGCACACUUCAAAUUUAAACUGAUUCUUUAAAAGAGACAGCUGCUAUCAAAGAAUUGUUCUUAUAGUAGACAAUUCGUUUGCUGUAUAUGAUACUGAUUUUUUCAGUCUCUGUAUUGAACUGUCAUUGCGUCAGCAUGUUGAAUUAAGUUGGAUGAUUUUUUUGUUGUAUUCAAGUGAAAUGUUAUGUAAACAUGAAGCUGAAUAUUUUAAUUCACCCGAAAGAAUAUUUUUUAGGAUUCUGAAUUGAUGUUCCUUUUUAUUGUGGCUGAUUAGUCUCAGUGUUUCAGUAAGCUUUGGGCUUAUUUGCUGAACGUCAGAAGUGACAUUAUUGUGAUCAGUUUCUUUCCUACGUAAAUAUGAAAUAAAAAAGCUCAUUUCUGUUACUCAA